AUGUCGCCCUUUGGAGUCUUGACCGACGAUGGUGAUGCGAUGCGACGCGAUUUUUCGCUUCAACCGAGUGACAAAGCAUCGCGCUUGCGACAAAGCAUGGGCCGCAGGGACCCGCUUACCCCGGGCACGGUCAGGCACCCGCAACUACACAACUGCAACAUUCAAACAACCUCUUCUCUCAUUCUUAUCCAACUAUACAGCACGGAUCCGUGGCAGCGGAAAGAUAAUCCCGGCAUGGAUAGACAAAGGAAGCCUGAACAAGCAGCUGACGACAAGCGGGAGCCGAAGUAUCAUGUCUACGUCCGGCUGCCCUUUAAACGGGGCAACUUUGUCGAGCCUGGUCCUAUUGACUGGGAUGAGAGGAAGUCUGAAACACUUUGGGCUAUCAUUUCUGACUCUUCACAUGCUGAUAUUGACUGGACGAGAUUAGCAACUCAGUUCGAUGUCUCAGUCGACUUCCUCCUGCAGAUGGCCAACUAUCUCACCGAGCGUCACACAUCUCAACUUAGGGCACAGAUGAUGAGGGCGGCAGCGAUCAGAGGAUCUAAUGCUCCCUCUCCUGUUCCCGGAGCCGAGCCGACCACCACUGCGUCCAAGAGACGGACAAGUUCAGGGGCAGGUCGUGCUUCUUCGGCGUCGGCGUUCCGUAAGGAGACAGCCACUCCUCAGUUGAGAGCAGCAGAUGUCCAUGAGAGCAGCAGUUCUGGCACUCCAGGGCCGGGUGGUAUCAAGGGUGCUUUGCCGUCACGGCCUGGGACGUCACGCCACUCGUCUGAUUCCACCAACACAGCUGUCCCUCCACAGCCUCAGCUUAGUGCUCGACCGGGGACAGCAACUCGCUUGAAUGACCCCCAGCGUCGUCGCCCUACCUAUCUCUCUGGACAGCAGUAUCAGCAACCUGUUAUGCAGGAAGAGGAGCCUGAACGCCCAGCUAGUCCCCAGGCGUCAGAUGAUUCCGAUGAUUCAACCUCUUCUUCAAGCGCUGUCCAAAGCCGGAUCAUUCGCCGUCCUCCCAGGUUUGGAUCAAAAGGGAAUGGCGACGAUGAUGACGAUGACGAGCCCGCUUUCCUUCCAUAUAACCCCCAUCCCCAAGCUCAGCCACACCUAGACUCUUCACAUGCCACAGGAAGCAGCAGCAGCACCCAUGACCUGGGCGCCACUCUUCGUGGAGAUAUGCGUGGUUUAAUGGAAGCAGGACGGGCAGACACAAACCAGUCGCAGACAUCAGACUCGUCGAUCGGUUCGGCGGCUGUCAUGGUCCAGAGAACAGGAACGACAGGCGGAGCCGUAGCAGCAGGAGGGACUGGGACAGCAGGCACCCGGAGAAUACCCAGUGCCUUUGGACAACAAGGGACCAUUUCACCUAGGCGGACAAUGGAGCUGUCUGGGAGGGGCCCUGGGCCGAGCAAGAGGAAGGGAGCGUCACGAGGGGGGAGCGAUGGUACCCCCAGUAUGGGUAGCAGCUUCAGUGAUUUGGAUGACGCUUCUGUGACUCAGUCGGCGCUUGAGGAGGCGCUUGCUAGUCGCAUGCAGGACGGAACCAUCGGGAGCCGCAUGAGCGUCAUAGGAGGUACCUUGGGGCAUCUGCGAAGUCGGUACCUGCCUAAGUCGAAUCGCUAG